AACUUUACCUGUCUUCAAUCCGGUUCCAUAAUUAGCACCAUGCGACUACUAGUGGCCGCCAUCUUGUUCGUGUCGGCCAUCUUGUGGAGCGACGGCCUGGAGCUGAGCCCGCGCCCGCGGCGCCCGGAGCGCUUCGACACGGCUGAACAGAUCUCCAACUAUCUGAAGGAACUGCAGGAAUACUAUUCUGUGCACGGCCGGGGCCGUUACGGCAAAAGACAGAUGCACAUAUCGGACGCGUCGGUAAUAUUCAAGGAGUUCCCAUUCUUUGACCACAGCCUCCAGAACCUGAACGAAGAUACAGUAUUUAAGGCGCUCGCGUACCAGUAAAAUGAUGACUGCAUUGGAACUUGGCAAUAUUGCCGGAAAUAUUGCCGAAACGUUGACAAUAUAGUCGGAAAUAUUGCUGAGGUCUUCCUAGAAUUGUAUAUGUUAAAUACGUUUCCUUGUAUACAUUACCGUAUUUUUUUCAUGGACUUAAACAAGUAAGCAUAUAGCAAAGAUUCUUUCGAAGCAUAAAUAUGAUGAUUAUUUUUGUUGGUAGUAUUCCCGAUGAGUUUUUUGGAAAGGAAAAUAUAGUUUGUAAUACUAUUACUUUAAAAAAAUAGAGGCUUGAUUUCCUAAGGAAUAUUGCUAGCAAUAUUAAAUAUCUUAACAUUGCAGAGGCUAAAAAAUUAUAUUUCGUAAACACAUUUUUUUUAUAUGAGUGUAAAAGAAAUAAAUUAAAUAAAUAUUCAAAACGGAUUUCAUGAGCUUUUACUGCUGCAAUAAUUAAAUACAAUAAAUUAAUUAAUUAUAUAAUUUGUUAAUUUUUAAACCUUUUUGAGAAAUAAAUUUAUUUUAGCAUUUGACUAAAAAUACGUGUAAAGCUCGAUUUCCACCGGCUUGCUUAUUUCAAUUGUGCUCGUUAACCUUCAGGUCUCUUAAGGCAAUUAGGUCAACUUUGCUCCGGGUUGCCCAAUGAAUAAUUCUGAUGCUCCUCAAAUGAUUCAUUAGUUAUUGCUUUUAUCAUAAUAUUUGUUGAAUUUUAUAAUAAUUUUAAAACAAAAUGUAUAAAGCUAGUUUGGCGUUUUAAAGAAAAUUUAACAGAUGUAUAGUUUAUUAUUUUUUAAUAAUUUUCUGUAAUAAUCUAUAAAUCGACUAUUUAUUUAUUCUAGUCGAUUAUUAUCACCUGUCUAGUCAAUUAUUAUUUUAAUAAUUCUGAUAAUUAAUCCCUAAACAUAAUUUACAGGCUGGGUGAUAAAUUAUUUUCAGGGAUUCAAUCAUUAUAAAAAAGUAGUGUAAAAUAUGAACAGUUAUGGGUAAUUAGUUGUAAUUGUAUUCCAAAAUGCAAAAGUUUCAAAGUUAAA